UGUAGCAAGUACAGUCUGGGUUUACCAAGUCGGGCAUUCGAAUAGGACAGUAUUCUAUCGUCUGGUUCUAUAUUUGCAUGUAUUUGAGCAAGGAGGACAGUCUUCCGACCCGGAGUGCUCCGUUUAUUAUAUGAAACUGCAUCCCGAAAUCAUGAGUCACCUAUACCCAGGGCUACUCUCAGCCUACAACAGUCUGACAGACAAACACCUUACUGGAUACUUCAACAACACCCGGAUCAGGAGACAUCUCCAGAGAGUUGGCCUGAUCACCAGGAGUGGGCGGAUUGUCCCAGACAAAGAGUACAGACACAAUGUGAUGCAGAGAGCGCACCAGAGGCAUGUGAGGGAAUGCCUGGCCCAGGCCAUCUUCCAUAAGGUGCUGGACAUGGAGCGUCUCCAUCAGAUCGAGAUCAAGAGGAAGUUGGAGGAUUUUGCCCGGAGGGAGAGAGUGCAUAAAAUCAAGGUGGAACGUUCCAAGAGGUACGAGGAGGAGGUAAUCCAUAUCCUGUCUCCACGGCCGCCCACGGGCCCCAGGGUCUCCCACGCACAGCAUUCUGGGCCAGAGGGGGAGCACUCUGAAUCCUCGGAAUCUCCGGGCUCGUCUCGACCCAACACGGCUCCAGGGAAGAUGCAGAGGCCGGUGCGUCUGAAGCCCAUCCAUAGUAACAGCACCACAGCCUCCCACAGACACACCUCCCCCUACAGGCCCCAUGACUCCUCCAAUGAAACGGACCAGCCUUUCAACUGCAUUAUGGACAAAGACUCCAGAAGACAUUUGACCGGGACAGAGUUUUCCCGUGGUAUAUCCCCCUACCGCCUUCCAGUCAUCAACAACUUUGUUACCCCAGUGCCACCUCCGACAAAGAGGAAAGAGAGGGGCGGUUUUAAGGGUACCCCCAAUGGCACUUUCAGGGGACGGAGACUGCGCCCCACCACGGCCCCAAGUGGCCCCGGAAUGACGGAGGACUCUACCCUCCUGCGGACCUCUGUGCAGAGUAAAGUAUGUGUGAGCAUGGUGUUCUUUGGAAAGACAGUGCACCUGUCACAUGACCUGAUGGACAUGAGGGAUGAGGUGAAGGUGUUCCAGCAGCACUGUGGGGGAGAGAACCUGUGUGUGUACAAGGGCAGAGUCCGGGAGGGAGAGACGUUCCAGUUUGUGUCGCGGCGCCACCGUGGCUUCCCCUUCAGCCUGACGUUCUUUCUCAACGGGCUGCAGGUGGAGCGCCUCAGCUCCUGCUGUGAGUUCAAACACAGGAAGGGCUCCCGGCUAGGCGGCCGCCACGGACAUUUUGGAUUCUCCAGCACGGAGGGAGCCUCGCCCUGCUACAGGUGUAUCAUAGCCUUGGGUUUAGACAAGAAGCCCACCCCUCCUCCAAAGAGAGUCAAAGAGGAAAUCAUAGGCACCCGCCCUCUAGACACUGGGAAGGACACUGCAGAGGUGGAGKAGGAGAUGAUUGGUAAAGACAGUCACUCUCAACCAGAGCCUGAGACAACUCAGCCACAGGACAUGGAGACAGAGAUCAAAGAAGACAUUCCACAAGUGGAGGACAAACCCAAAGACGACUAUGAAGAGGACUUUGAGGCGGACGACGAGGGGCAGGCUGAGGACAAGAAAAGUGUUCCUCCCUCCAGAGAAAGAGACYGAGAGGAUAGAGAGAAAGACGACCAGUCUGACAGUGAGGAUGAUGACAAAGAUGAAGAGAGAAGGUCAAGGUCAAGGUCAGACUCCAGCUCCUCAGGAAGUGACAUGGACGACAGUGAGGCUGAGGCCAAGGAGGACCAAGCAGUCAACCAGGCAGCUGACCUAGAGGAGGCUCCUCCCCAGGCUGAACAGGCAAAAGACAACCCCACCACCAUAGCACUUGAUCCGGACCAACCACCCACAGAGGAUACCACCACAGCCACAGAGAGCAGCUCUCCUACCCCACCCCAGACCACCUCGACUGGGGAGGAAGACACAGGGACCUUGGGGUACAGCCCUGGGGACACCACAGCGAGACCCACAGAGCUUGAGGUGUCAGACACAAGUGGGCUGUCGGAGAAGGAGGGGAAAGGGGAUGAUGAUGGGAGUGCUGAGGSUAAGGAGGAAGACAAGGAGAGUAGGGCUAAGGCGGAGGGUGAGUCUACACAGGUGGAGGCGCCUGAGAGGGCCAAGUCUGUGCAGGAGAAACUAGCAGAGGCCAUUUUGAAGGAGGCUCAGAGUCACUCAGAACCAGAGCUGAGUGACACCAGCACUGAGACGGAGGAAGACCCCACUGAGAAAAACCAACAUCAGGACACCAUUGGUACGGAACCAGAGCAAGCCGGGGCUUUUACUCUGGAGCGUCAGAUCAGUACAGAGGAAGUGAAGUGUGAGGAAAGUUCACUCAGUGCACAGGAAAUGACCUCACAGAGUGCUGCCGAGGGAAAAGAAGUCGGGACUGAGCUGAAGAAAGAGGAGGAAGAUGGUGCACCGGAGUCUGAACAGAUAACUGAAGAAACCAGUGGUGUGACAGAGGAGAAAGAGGAGGAUCCAAAAGCCAGUCCAGAGACGGAUGAUCAAGAAGAGACAGACAGCAAAGUAGAAACAAAGGGGAAAGAAGAGGGUGAAGAAACUAAGGGCAACCAGGAAGAAGAUGAGGCUGUGGAUCUUCAGGCAGACGAGCCAGCUAAAGCAAGAGAUUCUGUAACUAGUAAAGAGCAGCAGGAAGAGAACACCACAGCAGAUCCUGACAUACCACCUAGUGAGUCAGAGGAGAUGAAAAGCACUAAAGAUGAUGAGUCAUCUGCACCAGAAGAACCAGCGAGCAAGACUGAGAUAGAAACAGCUGUGACGGGUGAGGCAGGGACUGAGGUGGCAGAGAGUGAAACAGUAGAGAUGAAAGCAGAGCCCAUAGAGGAUUCAGAGUCCCAUAGCCAUAAAGAGAUGUCUAUAACUGACAAAGACAGGCAGGGAGAUGAGGAGGAGGACACGGUUGGAGGCACAGAGACAGAAGUCACAGCAGAUAAUUCCAACAGCGUGUCAGAGAAAAGUGGAGAUACUACUGUCUGUGCUGAAAAGAGAGCAGGGGGAGCUGAGAAGAGUGAGGAUGCACCUGGAGAAACCGAAGCCAAACUUGAGAGUGACACAGGUGAGGCUAUGAAGGAAGACAGCCUAGAAAAAGAAGCUGGUCAGGAUGAAGUUGYAGGAGAAACGACUACAGAGGAUGAGGUAGAAAAUGAUUUUGCCCAAAUUGAAGAAGGGAAAGUAAAGGACGGUGAAAAGACUGGAAAUGAUAAGAAAGAAGAAAAGGAAGAGACUGAGGAAGUAAAUACUGGAGCAGCUAAGAGAGAUGAAGAGAAAGUUAGUGAGGGUAAGGUAGACAGAAGUGAGAAAGAUGGGGAGGAUAACGCAGAAGAGGGUACACAGGGCGGAGAAAAUGCAGAGGGGAAUAAGGCAGAGGAGGAAGAAACAGAUGACAGCAAGAAGGCAGCAGAAGUAGAAGAUAAGGUGGAGUGUGAAGAGAAGAAGGCUGGACAGGCAGAAAAGGAAGACAAUGAUGGAGAAGAAAUUGUAAAAGAAGAGGGCAAGCUAGAAAGUGGGGAAAUGGUUGAAGAAAAUAAAGCAGCAAAUGUAUCUGAGCAUGAAACAGGAGAGAAAGAGGGAGAGGAAGUAGUUGAGGAAAAUGUUGUGGAUGCAGAGGAAGCCGGUGAACUUAAAGCAGAGGAAGGAGAAAACAUGACAACAAUUGAGGUCAAAGUUGAAGAGACUGAGAUCAAAGACAAUGUUCAAGAAUCUGUAUGUGAUGUGGACGAGGAUGAUGAAUCUGAUAAAGAGAGUGGCUCAGCUCCAAUUGUUGGCGAUAGCACUGCGGCCAGAGAUGAGACCCGAGUCAGCAGGAAAGAAACAGAGAAAAAGGACAGUGAGGUAGAUUCUGAGAAUGGAGAGACAGCUGCAGCCUCUGAAGUUCAGAGUGACACCGCAAGAGAGGAGACAGAGUCCACAAACCAAGAUACCCAAGGCAAAAACAAUACAGGAGAGGACAAGGUAGAUGAAAAGGACAUGGAGUCAGAAACAAAGACAGAUGACCCAAACAAGGUGGAGACAGAGGAAGAUCCUAAAGACCAGGAAGAGGCAAAUGACAAAUGUGAAAGUACCAAAGUAGAUCAGGAUGCAGACACAGAAGACAAAGAAUCUAAGGCUGAGAAAUCUAACAGAGAUAGCCAUGCUGGUUCACAUGUAGGAGACCCAGAGCCAGUUAACACUGGGGCUGAAUCCAAAGAAGAGGCUAUGUCAGAGAAUGCUGAUAAGGAGACUAAGAAUGUCAAGGAGAUAGAGACAUCUGUGGAGUCUCAAGAGCAGUCUGAACAAAAUACUCAGUCAAAGGACAGAAUUGUAGAUGCUACACUUGAGAGUGAAGAUAGGAACCCAGAUACAAGCACAGAUAGCUUGGAUGACGGCAAAGAGAAAGUUAAUGAUGCUACUACAGAGGUGAUUGUUGUUUCUGAAGAGACACAAGCUCAAGCUUCAGAACCCAGAGCUAUGGAGUUAGAAGAUAUUACAGAGACUGAAUCAGAUCUGAAGGAAAAAGAACAUAAAACGGAAGACGAAUCCACAGAAGGGUCAAGCAAGCCAUCUGAAGACGGAGCCAGCGUUGUGCUCAAACCUCAGUCAGAAACACCACAAAAAGAAAGCAGUGCAUCAGGUAAAGAAGCUAAUGUACUUGAGGAAAGUGUUAAAGCUGAGGACCAUGCUGCAACUCCAGAGACUUUGGAGAAAGGAGACAAUAGGGAUCUUGUAACUAACUGGGUGAAUGUACAUCAAUCCUCAAAGUUCUUCGAGACAUUCAUAGAGCCCCUAGAUGACUUUACUUCUGACAAUGUCAUCAGUGAGUCUAAUUCGGAUGCCAGGGCUAUAGCGCCAAAACACGUGACCGAACUUUCUAGACCAGAGAGACCUACUAAAACGGCAAAGACACCAGAGCCGAAACCUGACGAUCAUUAUACCAAUGCCUCAGAGAGGAGCGCAGCUGUUGGAGGCGGAGGUGACACCAUUGUUGAGAGUACAGUAACAGAACUUAAAGAGGCAGCCCCAUCAACAAAAGAUGAAAAUGAGUCAAACAGUAAUAACAAGGUGGAAGUGAUCCAAUCAGAUCGCAGGAGUACUCACUCAAGAGACGAUGCAGCCAGUGAAACUGGGAUAACGAAAUACUCUCUUGAGGUGAAAGAAGAAACAGAAGUCACUCUCUUCACACUCUCUACUGAACUUGAACACAGCAGCAGAGAAGACACAGCUGGGCCACAGGAGGAGGGUCAGAGUUCUUCAGAGGAGCUCAAAGGAACAACAGGGAUGUCUGAGGAUGACAAGGACAAAGAUAUGACAAUGCAGGGAGAAACUGAUCUGACAGAAAUGUCCAAAACUGACGUUGAAAGUAUACAGGGCUCUAACCAUUCAGCUGCCAGUGGCAGGCCUGAAAAUAUCAUUGAGAAUCCAGCAGAGACUGAAGAAACCAAAGACAAUUCUGGGUUGGACGAGCAACAAACAUUGGAAGAGAUAAACGCCCUGACAACGUCUGAGAGUCCAGAGAAUCACUCUGAAUCUGGCACAACAUCAAGAGAACCAGAAGACACCAAAGAUACAAAGGAACCGAAAGAGCAAGAGGCUGCAGAGGUUACAGAAAUAACAGAGCUAAGAGUCAUUUCGAAAUCUGAGAAUGAGAGCCAGGAAUACUCCCAAAGUGUACAGCUCCAUUCCAAACAACUGGAUGGAAGCAGGAGGGGAGACAAAGAAGACCUACAGCUGAUUGACCAGCUGAGCACCUGCUCAGUGGAAGACUCUUCGCUGUUUGGCCACACCUCAUACCCUCUGUUGACAACUGCACCGACUGACGGUAAUUAUUAGAAGAAAGCAACAGGCUGGCACAAGGCACGUGAGACAAUCAGAUGACUGCAGGAUGGCCUGGAAGGGUAUUCUUCGACAUCACAUUCUUUCCGAAGUUGCGUUAUUCUUGAGAUGAACUUGCUGUAAUGGUUCUCAUGAGAUGACACUGCAGGAACAGUCGCUCCACAAUUGUGAAUGCACGUUUGAGUUUACUAAGAGCUUUAAUGAUUUCCCCCUUUUUACCAACAAAAAAGUCUGGGUCAUGAAAAUGUGUGUGUUUAUAAAGGUUUUGAUAGUAGCAUAGAUGUUUACAACUAUCCCUUUUUGGGGACAAACAGUGAGGCCUUGUCUGCUGGAGGUAUAAAGCACAGGUGCUGUCACCAGCCCCCUGUAAACAGAUACCCCUCAAUUCACGCUGCACAAAUACAUAAAUCAUUCAUAGUCGUUAAGCCUUGUGGAGGUCAGCUUGCCCCAAAGCACCGUAACARACUUCGCAAGGCAUGGUUGUGUGAUGAUUGGUUUGGAGAGAAAAUGAAAUACUCCCGGCCACCACUGACUUAAAGCACCACAACACUUUUGCGUUGAUGACAAAGACCUGAUUGGAUUAUAGUUUGGCACUGGCGAGGAAAUACAGUUGGCUCUUUAUACUGGAUGUAUAACCUUAAUUACACAGAUAAUGUUCAUUAUUUAUACACAGAAAGAAGAUUUAUGAGAUAGAUUUCCAUAUUUUACAUUGUGAUAACUCUCCAGAGAUUUGUUUAACUUUAUCUGCAAUGUGUACAUGAUCUGUUGUCACAAAUUGUAUCCCUGCAUUUCCAUUCAACUUUCAAAGUAAUUACAAUGUAUUCCUUUAGAGAAUUUUCUUAUCCAAUUUAAUGGACAUGCGUUGAAAUAAAAUUCACCCCGUUCAUUUGAAAACAUUGUAUGUCAUACAUAAAACAUACAAUUAAUGCCUACUGUACACAACUACACAAACAGUAAUAAUAAAGACUUGCCUAGUUAAAUAAAAGGUUAAAGGUUAAACAUACAAGUAAUAAUAAUUGGAGAAAUUGUGAAAUGCCRUAUGUAGGAAACAGUUUGUGUCAAAAUAUGUUGAGGCUAACACAUUUAAUACCUGUAUCAUUCUUGGUUCAUUUAUUUCUUCAGUUGCCAUUCAUUAUGAAUCCUGUAUUUAAUAAGUAAGGUGUUUAUUGUCACAAACAGCGAAUAUGUGCAGUGUAAUGUGGUGUUUUACAGGGUCAGCCAUAGUAGUACYGCGCCCCUGGAGCAAAUGAGGGUUAAGUGACAUUGCUCAAGGG